AUGUCUUCUUCUCAGGAGGAGCCAUCACCGCUCCCUCCUCUCACCACGAUUACCAUUGAUAUUGGGAAGCCGUUAAGACUGUUUGUUCGUCUUGCGAGUAUUCCGGUAUUGACGUUCUUAAGGGUUGCGAAAUUGGACGAGGUGUUUGUGGUUGAACGCGCUGAGAUGGGCGCUGCACGACGGGAACGCGAACGUGACUCAGAGGAGAGAGGGGGGCUGUUGGAGAGUGAGAGUGCGAGUGAGGAUAUUUAUGGUGACAGUGAUGAUGAGGAUGAGAAUGUGAGAUUCACGCCUGAGGAACAGGAGGAGCCGAUUGUUCUAUCUUCGAAAGCUCGAUUGCUUCAACGAGGAGGCCCAGGCUCAGGGGUAAAAUAUGCCAGGUCAAUCAACGCCCUGACAAAGCUCAGUCUGUGUAUCUCGGGAUGGAACUCCCUGGUGCUGAUAACUGCUCUGAUUAUUAUGCUUGCGGGGGAUUUUAGAGACUUGGGGAGCUGGAACGGGUCGAGGUAUCAUCGUUAUAAGGGGGAGGUGGCAAUUGGGCUUUUGGUUUCAUUUAUCACCACCGUCAUAUGUUUCGUCUCCGCGCUACGGAAUUCGAAAAAGCCCAUGACGGUUGGCGUCAGCGGAUUUCUCGACCUGGUGUUUGUGAGCGUACUGUUCCCAAUGGCUAUUUAUGCUGUUACUGUUGGGUUUCCAACCGAGAAUUGGUGUUAUGACUGGGGUUCAUGUUUGAAAUUGGUGAAGGCGGAGAAGGUGCUUGUUGUUUUUGGGGCGGUCUUUGGGUUUUUGCUGAGCUUCAUCCAUUUCGCAUUGCUUACCCUCCGCUCGUGUGUGAUCAAGGAUGAUAAGCCGUGGAAACGACCGGGUCAUGUUAAGUUCAGCAUCUUCAGGUUUGAUUUUGAUGUUACGAUCACGAAGCAAACGCAGAAACAUAGGUGUACCUGCUGUGCUCAGCCUGCUGCUAGCCGUGCUGCGGGGAGUGCGAGGCCGGUAGUGAAAGGGACUGUUGAGAGUAGGGGCUUUGAGGUUUGA